GUUUAGUCAUUUUUUCUCUCUUUGCUUCUUCAUAACUGUUAAAACCUCUGCAGUCAAUGAAAUUCAAGUACAAACAGUUAGGCAGGGACUUAGUGUAGCAAUUAAAUGUGGCCAAAAUAUAGUCCAAGACAGAAAAAAUCCCAAGCAUUUUUUUGUUUGGUAUAAAAUGAGUUUAGGAAAGGUGCCUCAGUAAAUUAUGAGAACAUUUGAGGAUAGUACAAAGUACAGAUUUGCUCGAGCAUUUGAAAAUGGCCACUUCACUGUUUCUGUGAGUGAAGUGAUGUUUGACCUCAUUAUUAAUGAUGUCUCAGAAGAUGACAUUGGAACAUACUUCUGUGGAACAGUGAAGGCAAAUGUUGUAGAGUUUGGAUCUGGGACCCUUCUGCUAUUUCAAGCUGAAAAGAUCAAGUGGCAGCUUCAGACUGAAAUGGUUUUCAAGGACAGAGAAUAUUCUACAGUCCAGUGUUCACUACAAGCUGUUACUGAGAGUUGCUCAGGAGAACACAGUGUCUACUGGUUCAGACAUGGCUCAAACAAAUCUCGUCCAGAAAUCAUUUACACUCAUGGAAACAGGAGUGAUCAGUGUAAGACAGACUCUGAUGCCGGAUCUCCUACAUGGACUUGUGUCUACGACCUUCCCAGGAGUUACACCAGACAUUCUGAUGGUGGAACUUAUUACUGUGCUGUGGCUGCAUGUGGGGAAAUACUCUUUGGAAAUGGAACUAAAGUUGAUGUUGAAGAAUAUAAUCUCUGGAUUGUUAUUGCACUGGCAACAUCCAGUAUAUUUAACAUUAUUAUGGUAGUUUUGGUUGGAAUUCUAUUUAAAAAUCAACAGAAAGGUGCUUCCAAUUACAAUCAAAGUCACAUAAAUCAGGCUGAGGACUUUGAUGUGUCAAACUACACGGCUGUGAGAUUUACACAGAAACCUUUGCGAUAUCCAGAGUCAAAGACAGUCAAGAUGUUGAAAUGCUUAAUGAUAUGA